AGGCAACCGCGGGCACUGCUGGUCAAGUGACGGCUCGGAAGUGCCCUAGGAAGUGCCUGUGAGCGGUCCUCCGUCUCUCCCACACUUCUGAAUGCCUCUGUCCUCUGAACUUCUUAUCAGCUCUAGCGAGGAAAACUGAACUCCCAGAUGUGUGGAACUGUCGCUGGAGCUGUAGCCCUUCACCACCACCUGUACCUUCUUAGUUCUGAGGGUUCCUGAAACCUCUGUCAUGGAAAAGUACCACGUGUUGGAGAUGAUUGGAGAAGGCUCCUUUGGGAGGGUAUACAAGGGUCGAAGAAAAUACAGUGCUCAGGUGGUGGCCCUGAAGUUCAUUCCAAAACUGGGACGCUCAGAGAAGGAGCUGAGGAAUCUGCAACGAGAGAUUGAAAUUAUGAGGGGUCUGCGGCAUCCCAACAUUGUGCAUAUGCUUGACAGCUUUGAAACUGACAAAGAGGUGGUUGUGGUGACAGACUAUGCUGAGGGAGAGCUCUUUCAGAUUCUGGAAGAUGAUGGAAAGCUUCCUGAAGACCAGGUUCAGGCCAUUGCUGCUCAGUUGGUGUCUGCUUUGUACUAUCUGCAUUCCCACCGCAUCCUCCACCGCGACAUGAAGCCACAGAACAUCCUUCUUGCCAAGGGUGGUGGCAUCAAGCUCUGUGACUUUGGAUUUGCCCGGGCCAUGAGCACCAACACAAUGGUGCUGACAUCUAUCAAAGGCACACCACUCUAUAUGUCUCCAGAGCUGGUGGAAGAGCGACCAUAUGACCACACUGCAGACCUCUGGUCUGUCGGCUGCAUACUGUAUGAACUGGCUGUAGGCACGCCUCCCUUCUACACCACCAACAUCUUUCAGCUGGUCAGCCUUAUUCUCAAGGACCCUGUGCGCUGGCCUGCCACCAUUAGUCCUUGCUUCAAGAACUUCUUGCAGGGGCUGCUCACCAAGGACCCCCGGCAGCGUCUGUCCUGGCCAGACCUCUUACAUCACCCCUUCAUUGCUGGUCAUGUUACCAUAAUUUCUGAACCAGCAGGCCCAGAUUUGGGCACCCCAUUCACCAGUCGCCUACCUCCAGAACUUCAGGUCCUAAAAGACCAGCAGGUGCAUCAGCUGGCCCCCAAGGGCAGUCGAUCUCGCAUCUUGCAUGAAGCCUGUAAGCGCAUGGCUGAGGAGGCCAAGAAGAAGAAACACCAGAACACAGGACCUGCCCUUGAACAAGAGGAGAGCACCAGCAAGGUGGCUUCUGGCACAGCCCCUCUGCCCAAAGUGAGGGCCAAUCCUCAGGAACCAGGCCUCUCGGCUGGGAUCUUGGUAGCAGAAGUGAAGAGCAGCUGGGCUGAGUGGGGAGCUGGAGAGGCCCUCCCUGCACCUCGGGAAAACCAGAUCAUCCGGGAUUGUGAGCAAGCCUUCCCAGAGCCGAGGCCAGAGGUGGUGGGCCAGCAGAGCACUGAUGCAGUGGACCUAGAAAAUGAGGAGCCAGACAGUGUCAAUGAAUGGCAACACCUGCUAGAGAUCACCGAACCUGUGCCCAUCCAACUGAAGGCCCCUCUCACACUGCUGUGCAACCCUGACUUCUGCCAACGCAUCCAGAGUCAGCUGCAUGAGGCUGGAGGGCAGAUCCUGAAAGGUGUGCUGGAGGGUGCUUCCCGCAUCCUUCCUGCCCUCCGGAUCCUGAGUAGUCUUCUAUCCAGCUGCAGUGACUCUGUUGCCUUGUAUUCCUUCUGCCAUGAAGCAGGGCUCCCUGGGCUGCUGCUCAGCCUACUCAGACACAGCCAGGAGAGCAACAGUAUCCAGCAGCAAUGUUGGUAUGGAACUUUCUUACGGGACCUGAUGGCUGUGAUUCAGGCCUACUUUGCUUGCACCUUCAAUCUGGAGAGGAGCCAGACAGGUGACAGCCUACAGGUGUUUCAGGAGGCUGCCAACCUCUUUCUGGACCUGUUGGGGAAACUGUUGGCCCAACCAGAUGACUCUGAGCAGGCUUUUCGGAGGGACAGCCUUAUGUGCUUUACUGUUCUGUGUGAAACCAUGGAUGGGAACAGCUGGUCCAUCUCCAAAGCCUUUUACUCCAGUCUGCUAACAACACAGCAGGCUGUGUUGGACGGGCUCCUUCAUGGCUUGACAAUUCUGCAGCUCCCUUUCCACACACCCCCAGAAGCCCUGCAAGUGAGCCAGCCACCUAGGGAGCAGAGUAAGGAUCUGCCGGAAGCUGUUUCCUCUGCGCUGGCAGCCAUAUGCACUGUUCCUGUGGGACUGCCUGCCUGCUGGGAAGCCAAGGAGCAGAUCUCUCGGCAUUUGGCAAAUCUGCUCUCUGAAGAUAGCAGCCCUCUGAGGCCAUCCCUCAUCUCUGGCUUACAGCAUCCCAGCCUGUGCCUACACCUUCUCAAGGUUCUCUACUCCUGCUGCCGAGUCAGUGAGUGCCUGUGCCAUCUGCUAGGGCAGGAGCCCCUGGCUUUCGAGUCGCUGUUGAUGUUGGUCCAGGGCAAGGUGGAGGUGGUGGAUAGGGAAGAGUCCGCUGAAGUGGCGCUCUACCUCCUCUUCCUUCUUGUCCUCCAGCUCCAAGAUCUGCCCUCUGGAAUGGAGAAGCGAGGCAGUGAGAUUGCCACUCUCUUCACCCAUUCACACAUCGUUUCUCUUGUGAGUGCAGCAGCCUGUCUGUUGGGACAGCUUGGUCAGCAAGGGGUGACCUUUGACCUCCAGCCUGUGGAGUGGAUCACUGCUGCCACACAUGUACUGUCUGCCCCUGCGGAGGUCUGGCUGCCUCCACCUGGUGGCUGUGGAUUCUACGAUGGCCUCCUCAUCCUUCUCCUGCAGCUCGUCACACAGCAGGAGAAAGGAAGCCUGAUAAGGGACAUAGCCAGCUCAGAAAUGUGGACUGUGCUGUGGCACCGCUUCUCCAUGGUUCUGAGGUUCCCUGAGGAGGUAGCUCUGCAGGAAGAGGAGCUGUCACUACCCAGUCCCCAAAGCCUAGAGCCAGACUGGACUUUGAUCUCACCCCAAGGCAUGGCAGCCCUGCUGAGCCUGGCCGUGGCUGCCUUCACCCAGGAGCCCCAGUUAUGUCUGAGUCACCUUUCUCAGCAUGGAAGUAUCCUUAUGUCCACCCUGAAGCAUCUGCUUUCCCCCAGCUUCCUCCAUCAGCUGGGCCAGGCGCCUCACGGGUCUGAGUUUCUCCCCAUCAUGGUGCUCUCUGUCUGCCAGCUCCUCUGCUUCCCCUUCGCCCUGGAUGUAGAUGCUGACCUCCAUGGAGGUGUCUUGGCUGACCUUGUGGACUCAGAAGUUGCUGCCCACCUGCUGCAGGUUUGCUGCCACCAUCUUCCAUUGCCACAAGUCGAGCUGCCCAUCAGUCUCCUCACACACCUGGCUCUGACAAACUCCACCUCUCUCAACCAGUUUGUGAACACAGUGGCUGCCUCCCCUAGAACUAUCAUCUCGUUCCUCUCAGUUGCUCUCCUGGGUGACCAGCCACUGCUGACCUCUGACCUUCUUUCCCUGCUGGCCCACACAGCCCGUGUACUGUCUCCCAGCAACUUGUCCUUUAUUCAAGAACUCCUGGCUGGCUCCGAUGAAUCUUACCGGCCCCUGCACAGCCUCCUGGGCCACCCAGAUAAUUCUGUGUGGGCCCAUACUUAUGGGCUCCUGGGACACUUGCUCCAACACAGUGUGACCCUUCGUGGGGCGCUGCAGAGCCAGGCUGGGUUGCUCAAUCUUCUGCUGCUGGGACUUGUAGAUAAGGACCCUGCUGUGCGGCGCAAUGCCAGCUUCGCUGUGGGUAAUGCAGCUUACCAGGCUGGUCCCCUGGGACCUGCUCUGGCAGCUGCGGUACCCAGUUUGACCCAGCUGCUUAGGGAUCCUCAGGCUGGCAUCCGGCGCAAUGCUGCAUCAGCUCUGGGCAACUUGGGGCCUGAGGGGUUGGGGAAGGAGCUGUUAAAGUGCCAAGUACCCCAGCGGCUCCUGGAGAUGGCAUGUGGAGACCCCCAGGCAGAUGUGAAAGAAGCUGCUCUCAUUGCCCUCCGGAGCGUCCAACAGGAGCCCUGCAUCCAUCAGGUGCUGGUGUCACUGGGUGCCAGUGAGAGAUUGGCCUUGCUCACUCUGGGGAAUCAGUUACUACCACACAGCAGUUCCAGGCCUGCCUCCGCCAAACACUGCAGGAAACUCAUUCACCUCCUGAAGCCAACCCACAGCACAUGAUCCCAGAUUCCUGGGAUCCAACCUUGAACCUUCAUUGCCCUACUAUUGCCAACCCUUCCUUUUUUCUACUGUACAAGCUACCAACUCAACUAAGAGCUAAAGAGACUAAAAAAGAAAGACAAGCUGCCAACUCAACAUAUUUUCAAAUGAGGAACUAGAAGAAAUUUAUAUAUGAAGGUCCUUCCUACCCCCAGAUUCAGGAUGAUUUUAGCCACAAACUUCAUUAUUGUUGGUGCCACAGAAGAUUGCUUCCUUCUUUACAUCUUGGGGUCUUUCUCCAAAAAUGUGCCUUUAACCCCAGGAACAAACAUGCUUCCUGGACUUUAAGGAGACACCGUUUACCAGAGACCUUUCCUUUCUGGGGCUCCUGCAAUCUUCCUAGCAGUUUCUUGCUUCAGAUGCCCUGGCCCCAGGACAGUAAUGGGAGACAGAGCCUGUCUCAGCUCUAAGCUAUGGGCACAAAUGUUAUCAGUCCUCACUGUGGAGGGGUCCCCAGCCGAUAGCCCACAUUCCCAUCCAUGAGUGUAUAUCUUUUUUCUCUCUCUCCCUCUCUCCCCCUCUCCCUCCUUGCUUCCCUCUUUUACUUUUUUUUUUCGUAGCUCUGUUUGUAAACUCUUGUAAUAAAAGGUGUGCCUCA